GCACCACCCAGCAGUGAGCAAAAACAGGACGUAACGCCCUACAAUAUUACAAAACUGCAAUAACCUACAAUCUCGAAGGUCACGAAAAUUUCUUAGCACUUUGAUUAACAUUUUAUUCAACUAUAAUCAUGUCUUAUCCAGGAUACAAUUAUGGAGCUCCAAAUGGUGCAUCACAAAUAAAUCCACAAGUUCAACAAUGGUUUGCCUUAGCAGAUAAAGAUGGUAGUGGGCAAAUUACAUGUUAUGAAUUACAACGGGUACUAGCAAAUGGACAAGGUGGUACAUUCUCUGAAAAAGCUUGUCGUUUGAUGAUAGGGAUGUUUGAUAAAGAAAAUAAGCAUUCCAUUGACAUAACUGAAUUUCAAGCACUAUUCGAUUACAUAAAUGCAUGGCUAGGAGUUUUUAAAAAUUUCGAUAGAGAUAAUUCUGGAAGUAUACAAGAAGAGGAACUUGCUGCAGCUUUCACACAAAUGGGUUACAGGUUCACUCCAGAAUUCAUUAAUUUCUUAAUCAAGAGAUAUGAUGGUAAUCAAAACGGGAAUGUAACUGUAGAUCAAUUCAUUGUACUAUGUGUACAAAUUCAAAAGUUUACAGAGGAAUUUAGAAGAAGGGAUACAGAACUAACUGGUACAAUUAAUAUUGGAUUCGAAGAUUUCUUAGGAGUAGCUCUUAACUGCGAUGUAUAGUCUUUUUCAAUGCUGAAGUGCCUUGCAUUAUUUUAUUUCUUUUACCAUGUGUUUUGUUUACAUGUUUUGUCCAAAUUUAUAUGACACCAUUUAAUUUAUGUUUUAUAGAUCAGUUCAAGCUUUUUUACAUUUAAUAAAUGCACGAUUUUUUAUCUACUAAUGACAGUACAUGUAUACAUUACAAAAAAAACACUGUGAUUUUAAAAUAUAAACAUAAAGUUACUUUCAAGUGGCUUAUUUUUAUAAAUCUAGAAAAUUUACAAAUUUCUACAAAUAUAU